AUGUCCGACCGUGAGCCCCUCCUGCCGACCCACGCUCGCAACGCCCGCGAGGACAUUGCCGAGUACGGCACCCAGCUCAAGCACGACGCCAAGAAGACGGCCCGCCAGUAUGGCGUCGACCCCAACGACCCCGUCGGCCAGGCGCGUGAGGCGGCGCCUUCGCGCGAGUCGCUCGUCAAGCUGGCCAAGGUCAUCGGCGCGGUCCGCGCCGGAAAGAUGCCCAGCCAGCAGCAGCUGAGCUCGUGGAUCGAGAGCGUCAUCAACAGCCCCGUCCUCGACGAGCGCAACGUUCCCGGCUCGUCGCAGCUCAGCCAGCAGGGCGCGCGCGUGCUGCAGGACCUCAAGGGCGUCCUCGCCUGCGUCGAGCGCGUCGCCGAGAGCAAGAACGGCGACAACAAGAUCCAGAAGUUCUUCUACCAGACCUCGCAGGCCUCGGUCGGCCUCCGCGGCGAGGGCGGCGUCUCGUACAACCUCCCCAGCACCUCGUCGGUCGGCGCAGACGGCCUAGGCUCCGAGGCUAAGGACGACGCCAAGCAGGUCCUCCACAACGUCCAGCAGAUCGGUCAGCUCUUUGUCACCUCUAAGCCCUUCCGCAACCUCGUGGCCGACAUCCAGUUCCUGUUGCGAGACCUCACCGCCGACGCCGCGUCGCAGGCGGCCAGGAAGGCCGGCCAAGCCGAGGGCAAGAUCCGGCCCAGCGAGCGCGAGCGCCAGGCGCGCGGCGACGCCAUCGACAUCAAGGCCCCCUCGCGCGAGGACGUCAAGUCGGCGGCGGACCGCGCCAAGAGCUCGGCCCAGCAGGCGACCAAGGACGCCAAGGGCUCUCUCCAGGACGCCGCCAAGUGGGUCGACGAGAAGACGUCCGACGAUGCCAAGGACGAGUUCAUCGAGCGAAUCCGCGAGGUCGUCGGCCAGGUGCAGGAGGACCCCGACUUCAAGAGGGCGCUCAACGGCAUCUACAGCAUCGGCAACAAGUGGAUCGACAUCGUCCAGGACGUGGCCGAAAAGGCAAAGGAGCAGACCGACGUCGACAUCGACACCCCCGAAGCCGAGGCCAACGCCAACUUCCGCGAAUCGGUCGAGCUGCUGCAGAACAUCCUCGAGGAGUUCUCUGGACGCUCGCUGAAGCCGGUCAAGGAGGCCUUUGGCAAGUUCUCGGACCACGUCAAGGCCGUCUACGACAAGGAGGCGUCCAAGGAGACCAAGGAGCUGCGCGAGUUCAUCGACGACGUCAAGGCGUUCAUUGACCGCUCGCUCAACCAGGACGGCUACAUCCAGUCGAACCGCGCCAACCGCGAGGCGUCGGACCUCUACGACCGCGCCCAGACCAUGCUCAAGGCGUCGGGCAAGGACGCCAACAAGGAGCUCAACAAGCUCAAGAGCGACUUUGACGAGGUGCUCGACGAGAUCUCCAACUUUGCCGAGGGCUUCGAGGAGGACCCGGAGCUGCGCGAGCUGGGCCAGCGCGUCGAGAAGCUGGCCGACGACGUCAACUUCCUCAAGCUGCGCGAGUCGUUCGGCAAGGGCGGCAGCGGCAUCGGCGGCUUUGUCAACACGAUUCGCACCGACGCCGGCAUCCUGGUGCGCGACACGGUCGAGGUCAUCAUCCCGCGAAUGAUCCAGCAGAUCCAGGAGAUUCCCUUCCCCAGGCUCGAGUUUUCGUCGCCCGAGGCCGACGUCGUCAUCGACGACCUCUCGUUCCGCGCCUCGACGGCGUCGUUUGUCCCGGACUCGAUCCGCAUCGUCAACCGCAACGACCUCUCGCUGUCGCAGAGGCGCAACACGUACGGCAGCAAUGUCGACUCGUCGCUCUACCUCGAGGUCACGGGCCUGCGCAUCAAGGCCGCCGACGUGGCCUACUACAUCAAGAAGAAGACGGGCUGGUUCGGCUGGGAGGACUACGGCUUCCUCGACCUCGACCUCGGCGGCCGCGACGGCACCAGCUUCGUCGUCAAGCUCCACAACGCCGACGAGGACGACGAGGAGUCGUACUUCCGCGUCGACAAGGUCAGCGUCGACAUGAGCCACCUCGCCAUCAAGGUGCGCCAGACGCGCCACUGGUUCCUCAACUUCUUCCUGAUGCCCUUCGUGCGCCCCGUGGUGCGAAAGACGCUGCAGCACCUGCUCGAGAGCCAGAUCCAGUCGUGGCUCCAGAACGCCGACAGGAGCCUGUGGGCCACCCAGCAGCGCGCCAAGGUCAUCAACAGCUACAGCAAGACGGCGCUCAAGUCGGGCCAGGGCGUGUCGAUGAAGGCCUACACCAAGGCAAUCUUUGCCCCCGAGGACGACGCCUUCUCGCCCUACGGCAGGGCGGCCAAGUCAAAGCCCAAGACCGACGUCGGCCUGGCCCAGGGCGUGCUCGUCGAGGGACCGCACGGCGACUUCAAGCUGGCCAUCGGCGCGUCGCACUCGAGGCAGCUCUUCCCCGGCAAGGGCGGCCCGGCCAGGCACGCCGAGCGCAAGGAGCAGCAGUACGAGGAGCUCGAGAGGACGAUCCGCGAGGGCGUCGAGCAGGCCAAGCAGAGCGUCGAAGAGGUGCGCGAGGGCGCCCGCGAGGCCGUCGAGCAGGUUCGCGAGGGCGUCGAGGGCCUCGAGGGCGACGCCAAGAAGACGAGCAAGCAGGCAAAGGGAGAGGCGCAGAAGCUCUCGCGCGAGGCCCGCAACCAGCAGAGGAAGGAGAGGCUCGAGUCCGGCUGGAAGUCGGACGUCUUUGACAUCGACCUCUGA